ACACAACCAAAAGGCUGUUGAUGUUCGUGCGGGAAGGACGUGUUUCGUGCGAUCGGUAAAGUUACAAUUCUACACACAGCUCUCUAGUUAAUCUUAGUGCAUCAGUGUACCUCGUAUAAAGUAUUCAUAAUAACAGAGUUUCAUUUUCCAACAAAGUUCGAUAAUAAUAUUGUGCUGGGCGGCGCGCCGAAAAAGUGCAUUCCCUUUAACACCGGUAGGUGCGUUGCCGUUUCGUUAAAUUCACCCCGCGCCAAAAACGAAGACUAAAACGUGUCCUAAUUGAAGACCAAGAUCCGCUGCCACUCUCGUUGGAGGGGUGCGCUUACUCAACACAAACACACAAAAAAUGUGAAAAGAAAGUUACCAUACGGUUACGUUGCAUCCGCACCGCAGCUGACCGUGCAGAUGCAGCUUCCGUUCAAGUGUUGUGUUGAUCUAUUACCCGUCGGUUACAGCUACGCUCGCACUUCCCUAUUCGGAACACUCACAGCCUAUGUUGUGUUGCACGAUUGAGUCAUAGCAACGCGUCCUUCUUCUGUGCCGCUUCUGUGUGGCAUGGCGAACGGGCUCGGUUGAUCAUCAUCAUCAUCCUCGUCAUCAUUACCGUACGUGCUGGAACGGCGGGCGGCAGAACUUUGCACCGAACGCUUAUCGAUAAGGAAAAGAACCGUACCGGAAUUGUGAUUGUACGCGCACCAUACAUUCGAAAGCAAUAUAAAUACGCACCACGGAUGGGCCGGCAGAGUGCAGUGCCCGCCGGACAGCAAUCCGCUCGGUAAUCGCGUGAAAGAGUUGUGUGCGCGCUUGCUGUGGUGAAAAGUUUUAACUACAAAAAAAAAAACAAAAAGGGAAAUAAAACAAAACCGCGAUCCGCAUCGUACCGUCGCGACUCACUGACACACUUUUGCGCGCCUGUUUGCCACCACACACACACAAGCUUUGGCCAUCGUACAUCCCCACUGGCGCGAGACAACCGGACCGCUGUGGGGCGGUGAGUCAGUCACAGUCCACGCCAACUGCCGCCGAAGAAGAUUCGCUUUUGUGUGCGCUUUCCGCAUAGUUUACCCGUGUUUCUGUGUCCGUACGUGCGUGUGCCUGUGUGUAAAGCAAAGUCACAGAUCAAACGAUUCGCUACGCCGCCUUUUCCCCGGAUAAGCUGCCGGGGAAACUAGAUAAGAGAAAACGGUCCGUGGGAACGAAAGCGGCUCGGCAUUCUAGCAAUUUGAGCGCGGUGAAAAGCGCGCCUUUUCCACCGACCCGCGAUGUCGAUUCGGUGUGGGAAACUGUUCGGGCCGCGCAGUGGUUCGGUGGUGAUGGUUACCGUUCUACUCCUCACGCUACGCCCGGCCAGCGCCGACGGUGGGCUGUUUGACAACUUUAUCUCGCAGCUGAUGACGACGGCCGCUACGGCGCAAAACUUCCUCGAAGAUGCGUACGAUCAGCGGCAGGGCCGGGGAACGGAACCACCACCAGUGCCGGAGGUGCCUUCCGUCUCGGCCGAACCCCUCUCGCCCGUACUGAUUCCGGUCGGGAGCAUUGAUUUGAGCGAACACCAACCGGCCAUACCGUCAGUACCACCGACCACGUUUGCCACCGGUACAACCACGAGCACGAGCACGACGACGACGACGACUACGACGACGUCCACAACGCAUGGUACGCGUGCACCGCUGCCGUUUUGGAAUCCGUUCGUUUGGUUGCGCCCCAAGGAGCCAUCCAUACCGUACAAUCCGGACACCGAUCUCAGCACGCCCGAAAUAGCGGUCCGUCACGGCUACCAAGCAGAAUCGCACACGCUCAAAACGGCGGACGGCUAUCUGCUGACGCUGCAUCGGCUUCCCUGCGGCCGGAUCGGAUGCACCGCGCAGGGUGGCAAGGGUACGGGCCAGCCCGUAUUUCUGCAGCACGGACUGCUGUCCAGCUCGGCCGACUGGUUGCUGAGCGGGCCGGAAAAGGCGCUGGCGUUCAUACUGGCCGACGCCGGCUACGACGUGUGGUUGGGCAAUGCGCGGGGCAACACUUACUCCCGCAAGCACGUCAGCUUCAGCAGCGACGAGACCGCGUUCUGGGACUUUAGCUGGCACGAGAUGGCCAUGUACGACAUACCGGCCGAGAUUGAUUAUCUGUACAACAUGCGUGCACAAGAGCGAAACGAUACGACGCGCAAUCUGCUGUACGUGGGACACUCGAUGGGCACGACGAUGAUCUUCGCACUGCUGGCAAGCCGCCCGGAGUACAACGAGCGGCUGGAGGCCGUCUUUGCCCUCGCACCGGUUGCGUUUAUGGGUCACGUAAAGAGUCCCAUCCGUCUGCUAGCUCCAUUUUCGCACGAUAUCGAGAUGAUACUGAAAUUCUUCGGCGGCAACGAGUUUAUGCCGCAGAACAAAAUCAUACGCUAUCUCGCCAAGUACGGCUGCGAGCUGACCGAGGCGGAAAAGUACAUCUGCGAGAACACGGUGUUCGUGCUGUGCGGCUUCGACAAGGAGCAGUACAACGCCACCCUGAUGCCGGUCAUCUUUGGCCACACGCCGGCCGGCACCUCGACCAAGACGGUCGUACACUAUGCGCAGGAGAUUCACAACGAGGGCAACUUUCAGCUGUUCGAUUAUGGCGAGAGCGAAAACCAGCGCCGGUACGGCCGUGCGUCACCGCCGGGAUACAAUCUGGAAAACAUAUCCACCCCGAUAGCGCUGUUCUACGCGAACAACGAUUGGCUGGCGGGUCCGAAGGAUGUGGCCAAUCUGUUCAAUCAGCUGCACCGCACCUCGAUCGGUAUGUUCAAGAUACCGAACGAUAACUUCAACCACGUGGACUUUCUGUGGGGUAACGAUGCGCCGGAGGUGGUCUACAAGCAGCUGCUGAUGCUGAUGCAGCGAUACAAGUAACUUCGCCAACGACAAGCCAUAUCUUGCUACCUUUUUAAAGCUGAGCACGCGAAAGUGAAUUCAAACGAGCGAACCCCUAUGACUGCAUUUUCAUGUUGAAAAUUCUUACUGUUAAGACUUCUAUGAAUUGUAUGUAUGUGUGUGUGUAUGUUGUAUGUAUGUAAAAAAUAAAAAAGGGUAUACAGCUAUCCGAGCAUAAAUAA